UCCCCAUUGGCUGUUGGCAGCGGAAGGGGCGUGGCCUCGGCUAAAGGCGCGAACUUGGAGCCGUUUGAGCGGGAAAAGGCCCAAAAAGGGGCGAAAUUUUGGGGUAAAAAAGGGCGAUUUCGGGACCGGAAGUGACGCCAUGGAACCGGAAGUGCUGCACGCGGCGCCGCGCUGGCCCCGCCCCCUUUUAGCCAAGCUCCGCCUCCACCCGGGGCUCAGCCAAUUAGCCGCCGCCUUGGAGGAGAAAGGACCAAUCCCCAACAAGGGGCCGGACUUGGACCAAUGGGAGGCGGAGCUGGCGCGCAGCCGAGCCGCCUGGUUGGCUGAGGAGGUUUUGUGGGCGGGGCUAAAGGAGCUGCUCAGGAAGCCCCGCCCCCCGGAAGCUGAAAAGACUCUAAAGGCCGUGGAAGAAGCCAUCUCAUUGGCUGAGCUCCGCCGAGCCGCGCCGCCAUUGGCUGAGCUCAUGCCCCGCCCCCCGUCCCACUCCUCGUGCGUGUCCCUGCUCCUGUCCCUGGUCUCCGUGCGUUGCCGCCGUCGCCGCGUGGAGCUGCGCCGCCAUCUUUACCUGCAGGCCAAGGCCACCGCCAUGCUGCUCAAGGCCAGGUUGGAGGAGCUGACGCUGCUGUUGGACACGUACAGCCCAGAACAUGUGGAGGCUCAUGGGAACAUCAGGUCCCUGCUUGAGGCUGCUCUCAGUGGCUCCCAAUUGGAGCUGGCCUCUCUCCGUGUCACUCUGGGCUCCUACGAAUCCCUGGGACCCGUCAUGGCCGACGCGGCCCAACAGUAUCGAGACCUUCGGGACCGGAUCCACAAACCGCCAUUGGGCCCUACAGCACAUGGACCUCAUGGGGAUCCACCAAUGAGAGGAUCCGACGUUCCUAUUGGAUGCUGCGGACAGACCUGGCUGCCCAUUGGUUGCCUAUAAGGGGAUAUGGGGUGUCUAUGGGGUGUCUAUGGGGGCAUAUGGGGAGAUAA